GGUUUCUUCGCUAAGAUCUCUCUCCAUAAAUCAGGGAUGAGAAUAGCAGCGCAGUGAUGCAGAAUUCGCGCCUUUUCUUGGAUGGAGCUGCCGGAGACGGUGACGAUCUCCGCGGCGGAGCGCUAUGGUGAAGCUCGGAGUCUGAUCAUACGGCGGUGGCCCGAGACUGAAGGAAAAGCUCGGAAGGUGGAAGCUUGCUGGCGCUGACUACGACCGGGAAGAGCCUCAAUCUCGCCGUCCAUUGAGCGGGCGGUCCGCUUUGAGAUCCGCGGCGCGAGCGAUGAACGGCCGAUGGACGGUGCGGAUGCGCGUCCAACCAUCUCGGCGCGGAGAUCCAAAGUAAUCUUUUGCCGAAAGUAAGGGGUUUCAUGAUUGACCAAUAAAAAUCCGUCCUUUUUUUUCCCCUUCCUCUUUGUCCCCCUCGUCCCUCUUCUCGCAGUCGCCACUUGGACUGGGGAAUCGAGAUUGCGGCACGAUCGACGAAGAAGGCACUCUCGUCGGCCUUCCGAUCGGCUUCCUUUUCUGAAAUUUGCAUUGCUUGGAUUAGGGUGGAAAGCGGCGGUCGCCUCUUCCUUCGAUCUGUUCUUUUCCUAGGUUUGGCUUCGUCGACUCCGUUUAGUUGAGGCAAGGUUGUCCCAUGGGAUCAGUGACUUCUUUAACAGCAAUAUUUGCCUGAGAGCUCAAUUUGGUCAUCGUGAAGGUUCUUGGAGUGUAGGGAUUCACUUGUUGUUGAUCUUCCUAUGGCGCCUGCCCUAUUUGUCAUCGUUGCAUUUCCAUGUACAAUUGGAGCCAUAGCGCUUGCUGUGCUUAACAUAUACAAGCACCUCUUGAAUUAUACAGAGCCUAUUUACCAACGGUACAUAGUGCGCAUCAUCUUCAUGGUGCCGAUCUAUGCUCUGAUGUCAUUCCUGUCUUUGGUCCUUCGUGAUAAUUCCAUAUACUUUAACUCUAUUCUAGAAAUAUAUGAAGCUUGGGUCAUAUAUAACUUCCUGUCACUUUGCUUGGCGUGGGUGGGAGGCCCAGGUGCAGUGGUUUCGAGUUUGAGCGGUCAAUCUCUAAAGCCAUCAUGCUGCCUUAUGACAUGCUGUUUCCCUCCUAUUCCUCUUGAUGGGCGUUUUAUAAGAAGAUGCAAGCAAGGCUGUUUGCAGUUCGUCAUCUUGAAGCCUAUUUUAGUUGUAAUUACAUUCAUCCUCUAUGCAAAAGGAAAAUAUGAAGAUGGAAACUUCAGUGUGGAUCGGGCUUAUCUUUACAUCACUGUAAUCUACACUGUCUCAUAUUCUAUUGCGUUGUACGCUCUGGUCUUGUUCUAUGUUUCAUGUAGAGACCUGCUUCAUCCUUUCAAUCCGGUCCCAAAGUUUAUCAUAAUCAAGUCUGUUGUUUUCCUCACUUACUGGCAGGGUGUCUUGGUGUUUCUGGCGGCCAAGUCUGAGUUCAUAAAAAGUGCUGAAGAAGCUGCAGAUCUUCAAAACUUUGUGUUAUGCGUUGAGAUGCUUGUAGCAGCUGUAGGCCACUUCUACGCAUUUCCUUACAAAGAAUAUGCGGGUGCCAACAUUGGUGGUUCUAGUGGUUUCAGGGGAAAUCUCUUUCACGCCCUCAAGUUCAACGACUUCUAUCACGACACAGUUCACCAGUUUGCUCCUACAUAUCAUGAGUAUGUCCUUUAUAAUAACGCGGAGAGUGAUGAGGGAGCAAAGAAGUACCGGUUGCGAACUUUUGUGCCAACAGGGCAAGAGAUGGAUAAUGUGAGAAAGAACAAGCACCCAGAGAAGUUAGAGGAUAUCGAGUUGUCUAGUAUCUCCACAUCCAAUUUAGCUAGCCCUGUCAUAUCAAGCACCUUGCAAGACCAAGUCAAUUUGCAAGCAAUCAAAUCCUCGCCCCUUGAAGAAAGUGCUUCUGCUUCUGCUUCUGCUUCUGCUUCCAUGCAACCCUACGAUCUUUCAGUACUAGUUGAUACAGACUUGUCAGAUUACCCUGCCAAGGUUCCUGCAGCUGAUAAUCCAAACCAUCAGUGAUCUUCUAUGGUAUGUAGAAUAUCUAAAAGGCUGAAACUUACAGAUCAAAUUGAAGGUCUUGAAGUGCACUCAUCGACAACUGAACCCAAUGAGUUUGCAAAGCUGGCACAUUCAUACCUUGAUUGCCAAGUGAUUGCACACAUGCAAAGAUGCAUAGGAUCAUUACUUGUAAAUCAACCUUAGUUAGGGUUGUGAACGCCAGACUGACUACAUCUUUCAUAUGUUUGUGUGUGUUUAGAAAAUCCUUUAUUCUUUCUCCCCUGCAAGUUUCUUCCAGGUUCCAAUAGAAUUUUGUUUUGAUGGAAAUUAAAUGAUUAAUGAAGUCAUAUUUGGUUGGUA